GGAUCUGCACGGACCGUCCAAGAGCACGAUUCGCCUGUCUUCCUUUUGAUAUCGAUCCAAUGAGAAAUACAGCUCCAUGAAAGGAAGGGACGCCUCCUGUCAGACUGUCACUAUUUAAUCCGCACACCGUCUGAGCUUGCCUCCCACUCCACAAGACGACAUGCCUCGUCCCAUCAUCUCCCCGUCCGUCCUCGCCUCAGAUUUCGGCCAGUUGACUAUAGAAUGCAAGCGCAUGAUCAAAGGAGGAGCGGAAUGGCUCCACAUGGGUGCGCAAUCUUAUCUCAGCUAAAUGACCAUGUAGCUGGACACCUCUACCUGCUUGUCCCGCUCAGAUGUCAUGGACGGUCACUUUGUCCCGAACAUUACCAUAGGCGCCCCCGUACUGUCUUGCGUGGCGAAAAGCGUUCCCGGCAUUUUCAUGGAUUGCCAUAUGAUGGUUGAACAUCCAGAAAAGUGGGUCGAUGACAUUGCGGCAGCUGGCGGUUCUUUGUACUGCUUCCACAUCGAGGCAACCUCCGAUCCCCUGUCCCUCAUCAAGUUCGUCCGUGAAAAAAACAUGAAAGUAGGGGUAGCGAUUUCCCCUGAUACACCUUCGACUGCCAUAACAGACGAAAUAGGUCUAGCAGCGGAUAUGUUGUUAGUCAUGACGGUCUAUCCUGGGCGUGGCGGGCAGAAAUUUUUGGAUCGCUGUGUGCCCAAAGUGGCAGAAUUGCGUGCCCGAUUUCCUAACAAGGAUAUUGAGGUUGAUGGCGGGGUCGGACCCAAGACUGUACAGAGUUGCGCAGAGGCAGGAAGCAACGUCAUAGUAGCGGGGACUGCUAUCUUCCAUGCUGGCAAUCCGGAAGAAGUCAUUACGGCCUUGAAGAAUGCCGUUAUUACCGCACAGGCAAACAACUCCGUCUGAUUGAUAAUUGUGGACUGAGUAUAUGACGCUGCAUCUGUAACAUUAAACAAACAAAAAUAAAACAGCUGAUUGCGCGACUUUUGCAGC